CGACUUCUCUCCCUCGGUGUCCCAGCUCUCUUGAGCGCCUGCAGAGACGGAGGAGACAGCGGUUCAUGGCGCAAUCCAACAUAAGCUUUUAUUUUCUUGCUUUCUGAAAGGCAACUUCACUUUUCAAACCUAAUUCUCGGACGUUCCUGUGUUUUUUUGUUUUGCGUUACAUCCGUGACGCUCCGGACCCGCUGGAGCGACAAGUGUCUCCAACUCCAGAGACUCCGUAAGCCUUUAUUAUCACAACAAAUACUCACAACCGCAGCAGUCAUUUGAAAUAGUUUGACACCGGUUUGACUGGCAUCUACAAAGUAUAAAUGGAUCGGUCCAUUUUGAAUUAACCACACAGUUUGGAAUUAAAAAAAAAAGCCUAAUAAUAAAACAAAACAUGUUAUUUCCUCAAGUCUUGAAGCUGCUGUGUUUGUGGUCGUGCAGCAAGGCCGUCUCAAGUCACCACCACCACUGGAACAAGACAAAAGCAGCAUUGAGUGAGUCCCUCACAAGCGAGGAUGGAGCCGGGCAGAAGCGGCUCAGCUGGGACGGGAGUAAAGCAGAUAGAGCAUUGCACCCCGGUGGAGGGCACUUUGGGACUCCGCACUUGCCUCGGGAGGCUGCCGGGAAAAGUUUUACAGAGAAUAACAAGGAAGAAUAUAAGGCAAACGAACAGAGGAUCGGCGGAUUUUAUCCGGGAGUGUUCACACCAGCCGCGCACAGACGCAGGAGAAGGCGCACAUGGGGACCCAAACCCGGCCAGUAUCCAGGGGAGACCCUGCCUGCAGUCAUGGCUCAGGGACAAGUUAACACCAGCGAGUAUGGGGACGACUACAGUCUCCCGGAGGUUUCCGACUCCACUAUCGCACCCGAAAAUACGCGGACGAGGCGCAAAAUGAGCAACCUGUUGUACCCGAUCACCUCCGAGUCCUACAAGGCUUACAUCGUGCUGAUCUUGGCCUCUGUGGUGUUCACCGUGGGGGUCAUCGGGAACUUGUCGGUCAUGUGCAUCGUCAGUCACAACUACUACAUGAGGAGCAUCUCCAACUCCCUGCUGGCCAGCCUGGCGCUCUGGGACUUCUGCAUCCUCUUCUUCUGCCUGCCCCUGGUCGUGUUCCACCAGAUCACCAGGAACUGGCUGCUGGGACACUUCUCCUGCAAGAUUGUUCCCUAUCUGGAGGUGGCAUCCCUUGGGGUGACAACAUUUACCCUAUGCGCUCUUUGCAUCGAUCGUUUUCGUGCAGCGACUAAUGUAAAGAUGUACUAUGAAAUGGUUGAAAACUGUGCAUCUACCACGGCUAAACUCGCUGUGAUCUGGGUGGGAGCUCUACUGCUGGCCUUGCCCGAGCUGCUGAUCAGACAGCUGGUAACUGAAGACGGCGACCCACCCGACAUCUUGCCCUGCGAGCGCUGUGUGGUUCGGAUCUCCACUGAACUACCGGACACGCUUUACGUCUUGGGAUUAACCUACGACAGUGCACGCCUGUGGUGGUACUUUGGCUGCUAUUUCUGCCUGCCCACACUCUUCACCAUCUGCAGCUCGCUGGUCACGGUCCACAAAAUCCGUCACGCUGAGCAGGCCUGCAUACGUGGGAACAAGAAACACAUCCAGCUGGAAAGUCAGAUGAACUGUGUCGUCGUGGCAUUGGUCAUCGUCUACGGCUUUUGCAUAAUCCCAGAGAACAUCUGCAACAUCGUCAGCAUAUACAUGGCGGCCAGCGUUUCCAGGAAAACACUGGACAUUCUGCAUUUGAUCAGCCAGUUGCUGCUGUUUUGCAAGUCUGCAGUGAUGCCUACGCUACUGUUUUGCCUGUGCCAGCCGUUCACCAGAGCCUUCUUGGAUUGUUGUUGCUGCUGCUGCACUGACUGCAGCACGCCCAGCUCCCCUGAAAUGACACAAAUCACUGACAUUGAUAAUGAGUGUGUCGUCACCCAGCUGGAACUGUCACCGUUAAGUACCAUCCGUAGAGAACCGUCCACCUCUGCAACGUCUUCAGUGGGAACUUACUGUUGAGCUCACAUGCCAGCAAUAUUACAACUGAGUUUAGCAGUUAGUAGCUUCAUCAGAUGUUUUUGUUUUAAAGAAUAUUGCUGUUGGAUUCACAGACAUACCAGAGCACGCUUUUAUUUCUACGGUAGAUUCAAAAUGCAAGUUGAGCACAUAUGUCAAACUGUUAAGAGAAUUUCUAUACUAUUUUUGGAAAAACAUAGUGAAGAAGUUGUAAAAGUUGUAGUGGUAGGAGGACUAGUAUUUUUUUUAAGGGAGGUCAUUUUCAUUUAUCAUUUAUUUGCAAUUUUGUCAGUGGUUUGCACAGGCUGAGAGCAAACAUGGACAGUGAGUCUGUGAUUUAUUCUCAUAGUAUGAUCUUUUCAUUUGGUUCUCUGUAUUACAAGUCUUGAUAGUUGUGUUUAAGUUAUUUGGUACUCAAGAACUCCUAUGUUUAAACCUCAAAAUUGGACAUUUUGUAUUUACCUGUUAUUUGUGCCAUUACAUAUAUUUGUGGAACUCUUCAAGGAUAUUACUGGAAUGUAACGGAGCACAAAAAGCACUGUGAGAUGUACUGAUAUAACCGGCAUGAAAGAAAAUACAUAAUAUAAUAUGCAAUAAUAUAUUGCCAAUGGGUAUUGUGUUUCCUUGUGUUCUUGUGAAUAAGUUGUAGUUUUCUGUGCUUUCACUCUGCGUUUUGACUGCUGAUCUCUUAACUCUAUUUAGACAGACAUAUAUCUUCUAUAAGUCUGUCGUGGAGAGUUCAUGUGUCGGGGGAGCAGCAUCUGAGCCAGGGACUUAAAGAAAGUGAACAAACUGAUAAAGAAGACUUGCUCUGGUCUGGGGACUGCUGGAGCCUCUGGAUCUGAUUGUGCAAUUGAGGAUACUUCAUAUUUGGUGUUUCAUUUAAGGGCUUUCAUGGGGUUAAAUUUUGAAUUUUCAUCCAGGGAUUCACCCGUGACGCUGCAGCAAAACUUGACAUUUUACCUUCAGAAUUCAACUUGCACUCACUGAGACCUGCAUUUUCCCAGAGAGCUCAGACGUCCUGUGUAUGAUGAGAGUUCAGCGCUGAACAGAUCCACAUGGUCAUAUUUAGUCAUACUCAUAGUGCCUCCUACUGGUAACAGGAAGUGACUCGCUCAACAUUUGUUUGGCAACAUGUAGUUUUUUAUGUAAAGGAGUCAUUAUGUACAGUGCAUAAUAUUGUGAAAAGGUGCAGGUGAGUCUGGAAAAAGCUCAGUGUGUACAGGCAAAGUACAAUGACAAAAGAUAAUGGAAAUUGAGAUGAAU